AUGGCCGGAACACCAGAGUUGGUACAGUCCAACGGCAUCUUCCACGGCUUGCCCGUGUAUCCCGACGAUGCCUCCCACCAAAACCUCACCGCCAUCGUUACAGGCGCCACUGGCAUCUCGGGUUACCAUAUGCUGAAAGUCCUCUGUGCUGCACCCGAGCGAUGGUCAAAGAUAUACACCCUCUCACGGCGACCUCCUCCGGAUUACUUCUACAAGGAGCUGGGUGAAGGCGCAAGCCGCAUCGAACAUGUUGAAGCCGACUUCCUGGCGGGCCCGGAGACAUUGGCCAAGACGAUACAGGCGGUGGUGAAGAAAGUUGAUCACGUCUUCUUCUUCUCCUACAUGCAGCCAGCCAUGAAGGGCGGCGUGCUGGGGAUGUGGUCCGAGGCAGACGAGUUGGCGAGAGUCAAUGGUGAGCUGAUCGCAAACUUUCUCGGAGCAUUGAAGUUGGCGAAUCUAGUCCCGAACCGAUUCCUGCUGCAGACAGGAGCCAAGCACUAUGGCUUCCACAUUGGUCCAGCGACCAACCCAUCAUUCGAGAGUGAUCCCAGGGUCCUCCUCGAGAACAACUUUUACUAUCCUCAAGAAGAUUCCCUGGCCAAGUUCUGCUCGGAGACCGGCGCUCAGUGGAAUGUGGUUAGGCCAUCGUAUAUCAUCGGCGCUGUACGGGACAAUUUCCUCAACCACAUGGUCGGCAUCGGGGUCUAUGCAGCUGUUCAGGCCAAGCUUGGCCGGCCCGUCCAGUUCCCGGGAGAUUACAUCGCAUGGGAUAGGGAGUUCUGUCAGAGCACUGCGAUUAUGAACGCAUAUCUGGAAGAGUGGGCCGUCCUCAACCCCAAAGCCGGCAACGAGGCGUUCAAUGCUCAGGACGGACUUCCUUUCACCUGGGGUCGUCUUUGGCCUUAUCUUGGAAAGUGGUACGGCACAAGCUGGACCCCGCCUGAAGAUGACCCUGCCAAGUACAAGGUUGUCGAAUCUCGAUGGAAGGAAACACCACGAGGCUAUGGCCCAAAGGGAGAGACUAGAAUCUCGUUUAGUCUACACGAAUGGUCCGAAGAUCCGGAGGUACAAAAGGCGUGGAAAGAGCUCUCUGAAGAACAUGGCCUGCUCGUAGACCACUUCAAGGAUGCGGCGCGUCGGGCCCAGGUCUUUGCGAUGAGCGACUCCUCGAUCAUUGGCGGAUGGGCUCUUUCACUCAGUAUGAGAAAGGCUCGAAAGAUGGGCUUCCACGGCAGCGUAGACUCUUACGAGUCUAUGUUUGAUACCCUGAGGGAUCUGGCGAAAUUGAAAGUGGUGCCACCUCUGGCAGUGGCAGAAUACGUUGAGUGA